AUAAUAAUCAAUAAAAUGACGUCCAAAAAUAAACUUGAUGAUUUAAUAAAUCCACAAAAUAAUAAUCAAAAGAAAAAUGAAAGUAAAGUGAAAAAAUUUAAAAAAACAGUGAUACGUGUAAUACAUGGUAUUAUUGAAUUUGUGAUACGUGGUUUAUUACAUUUAAUAUAUCGUGGUCCUGGAGAAUCUAUGCCACCAAUUAAGGAUUUAAUUUUAUUGGAAUCAGCUACAUCUUUAGCAUAUAAAAUUCGUACGAAAAAGUUGAAAAGUUCUGAUGUCGUGGAAUCAUUCAUCACACGAAUACAAGAAAUAAAUCCAUUAUUAAAUUGUGUAAUUGCGCCACGAUUUGAAGAAGCACGUGCCGAAGCGAAAAAAGUUGAUGAUCUAAUUGAAUCCAAUGUAUUUACCGAAGAAAUUUUAGCAAAAGAAAAACCAUUUUUUGGUGUACCAUUUACAACAAAAGACGGUAUUGCUGUCAAAGAUAUGCCUCAUACUUCAGGAUUAUAUAAACGUCGAAAUAUUGUGGCUACUGAGGAUGGAGAUGCUAUCGGACUAUUGAGAAAAGCUGGUGCUAUACCUCUUGCCUUAACUAAUAUCCCAGAACUUUGCAUGUGGUGGGAAACUGGUAACGUAAUUUACGGCCGAACAAAUAAUCCAUACGAUACAACACGAAUUGUUGGUGGCUCUUCAGGCGGAGAAGGAUGUAAUCAAGCUGCCGCCGGGACAGCGUUUGGAGUGGGUUCCGAUAUCGGCGGUUCAAUACGUAUGCCAGCAUUCUUUAAUGGUGUAUUCGGUCAUAAACCCUCACCUGGCAUAGUAUCCAUCAAGGGUCAAUACCCAAUCCCUACAUCAGACGAACAGCGCUCAUUUUUGGGUAUUGGUCCAAUGUGUCGUCGUGCUGAAGACUUGUUACCUAUAUUAAAAAUAAUCAGUGAUAAAAAGGCUGUAGAAUUACGUUUAGAUGAUCCAGUGGAUGUAUCAAAAAUACGAUUUUUCUAUCAAGAAAAUGAUACUGGAUCAAAAUUUGUUUCACCCGUUUCCUUAGAUAUUAAACUUGCGUUACGUGAUGUUAUCAAAUAUUUGGAAAAAACGCAUAAAAUUAAAGCACAAAAAACACAUUUUACACAAUUCGAUAAAUCUGCCGAUUUAUGGUUUGCCAAUAUGAAAGCAGAACAUUGUCCAAAAUUCCAAGAACAAUUAGCUAAUUGCGAGGGAUCAAUUAACGUUAGUUGGGAACUUUUAAAAUGGUGUGUCGGACAAUCGAAUCAUACUUUUAUAGUUCUAAUGACCGCUAUUGUUGAAAAUUUGGGCAUCCAAUAUGGUACCCCAAAAUAUGAGUACUUAGUUCAAGUGCGAAAUAAUUUUAAACGUGAUCUUAUACAAUUACUGGGUGAUGAUGGUGUAUUAAUUUACCCUACACAUCCAACAGCCGCACCAUACCAUCAUGAACCCAUUUACAAACCAUUGAAUUUUUCGUAUACCGGUAUUAUUAACGUAUUACAAUUACCAGCAACUGCAUGUCCUUUGGGCUUAGGUUCAGAAGGUUUACCAAUUGGUAUACAAGUGGUCGCUGCUCCAAAUCAAGAUAGGCUAUGUUUGGCUGUGGCACGUGAAUUAGAAAAAGCUUUUGGUGGUUGGGUUCCACCACCCAUUUUAGCUUAAAUUAGUGUAACGUUAAUUUGACUGGAAUUCUAAAAAAGACACACCUUUCUAAAUACGUAAAAGGCGAAGUAACGCCGGACUGAAUUCAAAAUAACAAUAUCGUAUCGAAUAAAAUUAAUUACCAUUUAUUAAAAAUGAUAGGCAAGUUUAUUACAUAAACAAUAUAAUAUUUGUAUAAAAACACUUAUUUGAAAUAUUUAGAACGAAAAAUGAUUAAUUGGGAAAAAUUGUAAUUAGUAAUUACUCUUAAAAAAUAGUAGAGGGGGGGCUUAAUUUGAUUCUGCGCUAAGGGAAUAUGAGAUCAAUCAUAAUAUUAUCAACUACAGAGAUUUUGGCAACUGGAUAAGGUAUGUCGUUUUCAAAAUUCCAGCUAUUUUUUCAAACUAGUAUUUUUUUUUCUUACUUAUAAAUAUAUAAAUCUAUAACGCCUCGUGCACUGAAAGAUUGUUCUUACUCGUUUUGAACAGAGUAAUUUUAGAAACUUGAGAUUAGCCUACUCAAUUGUGUUUUUUGGACAAUUUUAUAUAUCUUCAGAUUCGAUAGAAUUUUUAAAUAGAAGAGAGUAAUAUUGAGACGAUCUCAAGGUGAACGAGAUAUAUCUCACUUUUCUUUGAAAAUGUGUCAGUAUUUUUUA